CCGACCUCCUCCCUGACCUCUCGGGGCUCCCCGGAGAAACACUCUGUCCCCACUUCCUCCGGGCGGCGGCGAGAUCCGUUCCCCAGUCGACGGAUCACGCCUACGCCCGCCUCGGGGAAGCUCGUUCCCGCCACCGCGCCGCGGCCUCCGCAUCGCAGAUGGAGCAGCGGCAAUCAAUCACCAUGUCGAAGCUAGACAGUAGCGGUGUGACCGUCCUCGACGACUUGCCAGAGUCCAUCAUUGUUGGGGAGAUACUCAUCAGGUUGCCGGCGGAGGACAUCCUUCGCUGCCGUGCUGUGUGCAAGUUGUGGUGCCAUGCCACCUCUGCCCACGACUUCCUUCUCGCUCACCACCGUCGCCAGCCCUCGCUCCUUCUCAUCGAUUGCCUCAACCGUGACAACAGAUUCUGUGACGGCCAUCUCUGCGUCUUCUGCGGCGACCAUGCUGGGUCUACCGGCCGCAAGCUUUGCCGGCCCAUCCUCUGGUAUGCUGACCACACGCAGGAUGUAGACAGCCUCACUAUCCAUGCUGCCUGUGAUGGCCUCCUCAUCGUCUCGUACGAAGAUCAUGACACACGCUUCGAUAUCUGCAAUCCAACGACUCGCCAACGUGCUCCCCUGUUGCUGCUUCCUGGACCAAGAUGCCGUGCUUCAGUUAAAAGCAUUCACAUAGCAGGAUUCUAUCAGCAUUGCCCGUCCAGAGAAUACCGUGUGCUCUACUCAAUCUGGACAAGGAAUGAGAAUGGUUUCUCUUUCACGGCUGAUUUCUAUGUCCUCUCGGUGGGAUCUGAUGAGCCUAAGCCCAUAGGACAUCCACCUAUGGAACAAGACCUACUGGAUGGACAUCCACCUAUGGAACAGUGCCUACUGGAUGGACUGACCUGUUCGUCUAAUAUAUCUGUUCUCCACCGCGGCAGCCUGCAUUGGGGACUAGAACGGUACCACUCUGACGUCCGCAAAAUUCUAGUGUUUGACACUGCUGAUGAGACAUUUAGGUGGAUGAGCCGUCCCACCGGGAUGAGCUUUUGGACACUGUUGUUGGAGAUUGACAGUGUGCUUGCUAUGUGCACCAGUCACAAUGGCAUUGUUGUAGAUAUACACAUGAUGCAGGACUAUGAGGCUGAGGUCUGGGCCUUCAAGUACCGGAUUGACCUGUCGGCGCUGAAGGCGUCCCUACCGCUUGAUCUAAGGGUGAGAUGUUUGCGCAAGAUUGCUGUGCUGGACAAGCAUGAGUUGCUCAUUGAGCUUGAUGCUGGGCAUCUUGUGCACUGUGAUAUUGAUGGCGAGUUUCUGGGACACGUGAAAUGCAGUGAGUGUGAGGAAAGCCAUGUGCACAUUAAACCUUAUCGCUUCCAGGAGAAUAUCAUUCCACUUCCGUUCUUGGAGAUGCAAGAUGAUUAUGUGAUACCAGAAGCAGAAGAUGAUGAUGAGAUCCAUUACUUCAUCUGGCCAUAUCCAUAGAAAGCAUUUAUGUAAUAUCCUGAAAUCCUGGUCCAGGUUUGCUGUGCCCUUGCAGUACUUCUGCUAUGCUAUCUAGUAGGUUCCAUUUAACUGGGAAUUUUGACUGGUAAUGGUAACAUCUUUGCUAUGAGCUAUCUACACAUGAUAAAUGUCGUGAACUAUUGAUAGUCUAUUCUAUAGAAAUGUUGCACUUGUUCA